CGCUAAUUUCGUGCUGUUGAAAUAACGUGGUACGAUCGGCAAUACGAUGAAUGCUUUAAAGAGGUUUCAGUAUUAUAUUAACUUUGCUUAAGGAUGAUCAUAAGUCACGGUGAGCAAUACUUGUCGAUGUUUUUUGUGAUUAUCGACAGCCUUUAAAGGUCGAAAAGCAUCGUUGGUGUUUUUAAUAUCCGCUGUAUUGAGAUUUACUUCCCCCUAAACAUGUAUUCUACAACCCUCUAAGUUCUUGAAAAACAAAAGUCAACAGUUCGUUCUGAUCGCGCUGAGGUAAUCGGCUGAGGUUGGAAAGAAGAUCAAAGCUAGAGUAGUAUCAGCGGCAUGUCCCGGGCCUUGAAGCUCGUGGCGCCUUUGCGCGAAUUACGGGUGCAUCUUUGCCAGACAGGAAAGGACUCACAAGGUGUAAGGGAUUUCGUGGAGAAAUUUUAUGUGCCGCUCAAGGAGAACAAUCCUAAAUUUCCUAUUUUAAUUCGCGAAUGCAGUGGGGUUCAGCCUAAAGUCUAUGCCCGAUAUGCUGCCGGUCGCGAAACUCAUGUUAGCGUCUCGAGGCUUAAUGCCGAUCAGGUAAUGAGCGCGAUUGAGAAACUGGCCACGAACCCGUUAUAGUCAAACUAGUUGAACAUAUAUCACUCGAUAUAUUAAAAUCUGGGUAAAUGGAUAUCCUUGUUAAAAUAUAUAUCUAUAAUAAGUUAAAACAGUAAUAAUAUUAAUAAAAGCGUAGCUUUUGCUUUGC